GGUGCUUUAUCCACCCUGUCCUGCUCUGGAUAAGAGGAAAUCCUAAACUGUUCUCGCUCGACCAGCAUUUCCCUUUUCUCUUUUUUCUUUUUCCCUCUCUUUUCUCUCACACACGUUGCCCGUGUGCACGCUCUCAGGACAAGAAUGGCAGCAUCUUCCCAGAGAACAGACAGGCCCUGCAAAAUGUUGGCUUUUGCUUUGCUUCUCUCUGCCACGCUUUUUAACGGAAUCAAAGCACAGGAAGAGCCAGUGACCGUGAAGACAGUUUUGUCUAUUCCACGAGGAGAUAAUGGACAUGGUCAAGUAAUGGUCUUGCCUACUAUGAAACCUCAAGAGCCUGCUGCACAAACAACGACAGCAACAGUUACAGAGGAAGCAAGAGAAAAUGAUGGCAGUAGCCCUGCAGCUCCACAGGAUCCAGCAGAUGAGGGAACUAAAUUGACAGAUGAGGUGCAGACUGACAUACCUGCUGCAAACGCAGAGACCCCUGCACCUAUUCCACCCAGAGGUGAUGGUCAUAUCAACAUACCAAAGCCAGCAGCAGGGGAUGAUGUUGUCUGCGUGAGCAAAGAUGCCGUGGCAGGAAGAAAUGCUGUCAAUCUGAAACUCAAGGCAUCUUCCAGCUGUAAAGAAACACAAAUGAAGAUAGCAAGUGUUCUACAGGAGUUGUGUGGUGAAAACUGUAAACUGGAACUCUACCAGGAAGACAACACAGACGAAAUCCUGGUGUCUGGGAAAUACGUUGAAGCUGAUGUUACAGGCAUGACAAACAAGUUCAACAAUGACAACAUAAAGGAUAAGACUGAUGUUGAAGAGGCUGUUACUCACUGGGGGAAGAACUCAAAGUUGGUGCUGGUUUCCAUGUUGCUGGCUGGCUUGCUGCUAGCUGCACUGCUGACCGCUGGUUAUUACCUCAAGACACACCGCAAGAACGCCAAAGGAGUCAGACUCGCUGAGUCUUUCCAGGUGGAUGAAGAGAACCAGGCCAACACCCUGGUGUCUGUGGCCCCACUGCCCCAGGAGCCCCUUGACAAGCCCAUUGUCAAUGGAGAGUCUCCUCCAGAAAAUGGGACCAACUCCACCCCCACCACUAACGGACACUCUGCCACACAGACCCCAGUGGCCGACACCGAGAUGUGAAUCACAACACCCUCAACCACUGUGCUCUACCAAUCAGCUUCUAACCCUUCUAUUGCCUCUUAGUCAAAUUCAGCAAGAAUCCAUUCAAAAAAAGCCACAUCCUUUCCUGCUCCUCUCCUCAGUUUUCUUCUGUCUGGAGGAUGAUAACAACGACACUGAUGAGGCCAACAACAGCAAUAUGAUAUCAAUGAUUACAGUGCCUGUAAUGUGAAAAAUCUGGGAACACUAACCUUUGCUGGUGUCAAGAAAAGUCUGCUUACAAUAACUGACUGACUGACUGACUGACUGACUGACUGACUGACCGACCGACUGAUGGGGUUUAAACAGCUGUUCUGACUUCAUUCUUAUUGUGACGACAUCUUUUGAAUAAUCAAAUAAUGCUAAAUGUGCAUUGUUGAAACCUGACAUUUGUGCUGCAACAAAGCCAAUGAAGCCGGCAGUGAGAAGGACCGACAGUCACUAACUUGCACACUUGCCUUAAAAAGUUAAUAAAAAAAGGCGCAUGAAGAUAAGUUUAAUGAAAUUUAAAUUCCCAUAGUUGACUGUCAAAAUGUAAUAGAAAACUAUGUUUGUACCCUAUUAUUUUCUUCAUCAUUGUUGACACUGUUCAUAAAAAAAAAAGAAAAAAAAAAAAAAAGGAAAAGACAUGUUAAAUGUGAAUGCUGGUAGAUUAAAAAAAAAAAAAAAAAAGAAAAGAAGCGCAGCCAUUGAUUUUUAUGAAGAAUGAAAUUAUGCUGCCAUGCUAUGAAAAGUGUGGAAAUGUCUUUGGAAAACUAUAUAGUCACCCAAGUGCUUUCAACUUCAGCCUACUGGCCUACUGAGCAACUAAACUUCUGCAGCUGACCUUCGGUCAAAGUUUAAAUGGACCACCUCCAAAGUGGAUUUCUAUUGUGUGGCUAUGUGGUUUUCAUUAUUGUACAGUUUGGUUUUUUUCUGUUUUUUCACUGUAAAAGGGAAUGGUGAAGCACAGGAGAAUGAUCUAAUUCAGACAAAUAAAGUAAACUUGGAGUUUUCGAUUUACCAGGAGGAAAAAGAACAAGAAAUCACUCUGGGUUGUUUUUGUUUUUCAUGACAUACAGAUGGUUCAGCACAACAUACUUUCUUCAUCUCCUUAUUGAUAUGGAACAUAUUUUUACUUCAGAGGUACCUUUUUUCUCAUCCGUGAUGUACUGCAUAUGUAAAUACACUUCUCUGUUUCAUAAACUGUGAUUGUUGACAAUAUGUUGUUGCAGGUUGUCCUCAGCUUAUUUGUGUUGUGCUAACUGAGACACAUUUCAUACAAUAAAAACCCACAGGUUUUAAUAAAAAGCUAUUUUUUCACAUUA